UUAAGAUUAGAUUCCUGUAUCUUGACUGAUUACAGACUCUAUUUAUAUUAGUUGUUUAGAGACGAGCGUGUGAGAUGAACGCGUUCCAAUUUUAAAUUAGUGCUCGGACCUAUUUUGAAACAUGAAGCAACUGUAUCUUCUACUCCUUCUUGUAACUUCUGCGGUAAGUUACAAGAUCCUCUGCAUCCAUAUGGUUCCGUCGAAGAGUCACUUCCACUUGGUCAAUGGUGUGGUGCAACCCCUGCUCAAAGCUGGUCAUAAGAUCCUAUUCGCGACACCAUUCCCGGAGGCUGUGAAGAAACAUGAUAACAUCACGUUAUUGGAUUUGAGCAGUCACAAUGAAUUUUUAGAAAAUAUUGACAUGUCAGAUCCUAAUGUCGAUAUUGGAGAUGUCAUAAAAUUAGCCAGGGAUUUGGCACUUGCAACAAUAAAAAAACCGGCGAUACAAGAGGUGCUGGUGAAAGAACAGUUGGAUGCCGUCGUGACUGAAUGGUUCUUUACAGAUAUUGACGCAGGCUACGCAGUGGUCCAACAAGUUCCAUGGAUUGUUCUAAGUGGAAAUGUCCUCAAUUAUCAUGUUGAACAACUCGUCGAUGCUGUGAGGUCACUGCCAAUUAUACCAAGUAUACACACGGAGUAUCCUAUUCCCAUGACAUUUUGGCAUCGCUUGAAGAGCACCAUGGUUUACGGCAUGAUGAUGAUAGAGGAGUGGAAGUCAUACCAAGUGUUCAAGUCGGAUUACGAAGAACUCUUUGGCCCUCUAGCGGCAGCCAGAGGAAUUUCAUUACCGCCAUUCGGGGAAAUUCACAGAAAUGUAUCUAUCCUGCUCUCGGACAGCCAUCCCUCUUUCUCAACAGCUAGAAGUAUACCGCCGAAUGUCGUAGAAAUAGCUGGAUAUCACAUCGAUGCUAACAUACCAGAAUUACCUGAGGAUCUGAAACAAAUAUUGGAUGCUUCACCCCAAGGUGUCAUCUACUUCAGCCUGGGUUCCGUGCUGAAGGCAUCUGCCUUCAAAGGGAAUACCAAAAAAGAACUCAUCCAAGUCUUCGGAAGUCUGAAGCAAACCGUUUUAUGGAAGAUCGACGAGAAAAUUGAUGGUCUACCAAAGAAUGUUCAUGUGAGGCCAUGGAUGCCACAAUCUAGUAUACUUGCUCAUCCAAACAUUAAGGUCUUCAUCACCCAUGGUGGAUUAUUGAGCACAAUGGAGUCAAUACACUAUGGCAUACCAAUAUUAGCGAUACCGGUGUUCGCCGACCAACCGCAUAAUGCUGUUAGAAGCGUCGAAGCGGGGCAUGCAUUACGGGUGAAAUACUCACCGGAAAUGGCGCCGGCGGUAAAAGUUGCGUUGGAGGAAAUGCUUAGGAAUGACAGCUACUACAAGAAAGCCAAGGAAAUAUCUAAAUUAUUCAGAAAUCGUCCGAACAAGCCCUCAGAUUUAAUUACACAUUAUAUAGAAAUGGCAAUCGAGACUAAAGGUGCCCUUCAUCUCCGAUCAGUUAUCAAGCAAUAUCAGUGGUACGAAUAUUUAAUGUUGGACCAAUUAUUGUUUAUAUGUAUUGUAUUGUACAUAAUAUAUAGUGUUAUUAGGAAAAUGUUUAGUGCACCAAAAAUUAGUAAGAGGAAAUAUGACUAAAUUUA